UCACUGAUCACAGCUCUUUUGUUUGUUUGUGUUUUUUUCUUUCCUUUUGUUCCUGUAGCCAGGUGAACCAAACAAUUACCCUUUGGAGGUUGGCCUCAUGAAGAUGACAACUGCUAGCCCUCCUUACCCCCAUGUAAUCCAGUUGCUUGACUGGUUCAUUGGCCCAAACUACAUAGCUAUUGUCAUGGAACUGCCCAAGUGUCCCAUGAACCUGGCUGAGUUCAUGAUGAGCCAAGGGGGCUUCCUGAAUGAAGAACAUGCAAAGAGAAUCUUCAGUCAGGUGGUGGAUGCCAUCUGUUUUUGCCAUGCUUGCUGGGUGUUCCACCGAGAUAUGAAACCAGAUAACAUUCUGAUUGAGAUGACCACUGGGAAUGUUAAACUGAUUGACUUUGGCUGUGGGGCCAUACUAGAGCCAGAUGAGGAAUAUGACAACUUUGCUGGCACCCUGUUUUAUGCCCCGCCGGAGUGGUUGGUAGUGAAGAGGUACAGAGCAGUCCCUGCAACGGUAUGGUCACUGGGGGUCACGAUGUUUGAGGUUCUGUGUGGACAUGUGCCUUUUAGGGAUAAAAAGGAGAUCAUGAAUGGCACAUUUGGCUUCUCCAGAGAACUCUCCACAGGUAGAAACUUCCCCGGUCAAUGGGGAGUGAAACCCCCAGUCAGAUAUUGAUCUCCUUUCCCCCUGCCCCUGGCAUAUACUGUACCAAAGGGAAGUGUUUCUAACUUGUACGGGUCUU